AUGGAAGAGGCCCGGAAAGCCGGUAAUGACCGGAAAUUAUUCCAGUUGAUCCGUGCGACCAGACCCCGGAAACCACCCGUGAGUGAAACAAUGAAACGUCAGAAUGGAACGACCAUCUCGAACAAAAAAGAACGUCCCGACCGGUGGGCCGAAUACUUCAAACAGCAACUGUCGUGGCCACCAGCCGACACUCAUCUACAGCCCACAGGUGAAGUAGAAUCCUGGACGGUGAACGUGGAACCACCUACGGCCUCGGAGGUUUAUGAAUACAUUUGUUCUCUCAGGCGCCACCGAGCUCCUGGUCCGGAUGACCUUUCACCAGCACUGUUCAAAGACGGGGGUGAAGUCCUCAGUCAGCGCCUGUCCGAUCUGUUUGCUUGCAUUUGGGAAACGGAGUCUGUCCCAGACAACUGGGGAGAAUCGGUUAUAGUGCCCGCUUUCAAAAAAGGGGCGCGUAGUGAGUGUGGUAACCACAGGGGGAUCAGCUUGACCAAGGUCGUAACCAGACUCACGUUUGUGCCUUUGAUUGCUGAUUCAAACAAGAGAGGAAUUGGCCCUUUUGAGUACAUUUAUUUGAGAAAGGCUGUCGAGGAAUUUUCAGCAACCUUCGUAGCUGAGUUUGCUGCUAAUGGCUUUCAUACUUCGUUGCCAAGUCAUUAUUUGACCGCCUCUGGCUCUCUUCCACCCUUCGCGUGGUUGUGCGAAAAGAGCCCUUCGAGGAAGUCCGUCGACCGGCAUACGCAGCACGUGGCCAAGCCAGCGCAAUGUAUGCAGUGUGAUCAGUUCAUUUAUCGAAGGUGGGUUAUUUCUCCCGAAUACCAUUCCACGAUUUUCCGCAUUGCUUAUCCGGUGUUCCCACCAGAUUUGGGCAAUGCUCCGAAGACAUCGAUGGUCAAACACUGA